GGAAGCCAUUUUCUCUACUUUCUGGUAAGAAUACUGAGAAACUUGAUUUUGAGAUGCCUCGCACAAAGCAAGCCCGGCGCUCCCAGGCCGCAAAGAAGAGGAUGGCAGACCGGAUGGCUGCUGAUCCUGAAGAGGCUCUGCCACCUCUUAAAAAAUUGGCAGAAGUAACAGAACGUUGUGUACAUCACAACGGGGAUAUAAAACUGGGUCAUAACAGUGGUCAUUACCGUGGUCAUAACCGUGGUCAUAACCUUGGGCUAACAAGUGGUCAAACAAGUGGUCAAACAAGUGGUCUAACAAGUGGUCUAACAAGUGGUCAAACAAGUGGUCAAACAAGUGGUCAAACAAGUGGUCUAACAAGUGGUCAAACAAGUGGUCAAACAAGUGGUCAAACAAGUGGUCAAACAAGUGGUCGAACAAGUGGUCUAACAAGCGGUCUAACAAGUGGUCUAAACAAUGAUGCUAAAAACACGGAUCAUAAUAGUACUGUUAACAUGACCAUGAAAGCUGUUUCUGAUUUGUGUCCACAGAAAUCGUACAUCAGUGGCUCUUUCCAUCAAGGAGAUUACCGUUUUGGUCGGAAUAGGGGAAGUCAAUGUGGUGCAAACUGUUUAACUGCAAUUUUGAUGAGUAAGAUGAAAAAUGUGUUGCAGUGGACGAGAAAUGACCUGAAUGCUGUUCUGAUCCAUGGAGAUGACCUGUACAGUGCCAUGAGAGACGCAGGGAAAAUCAACGAUCCUGAAUCCGGCUUCAUAGCUGUUCAUGAGCUACCAGACACACACACACUGAAAGAUUGUCGGUUUUCAAUAAACUAUGGUGAAGCAUUGACUGGAUUGUUUGGUGUCAAUAAAUAUGAUGGGGAACUACAGGGGUAUGCGAUGUCAUUUGAUGAAGCAGUAAAUCGAGCAUUCCAGAGGUUUGAUACUGUUUUAGUGAAUAUUAAGCUAACCAUAUGUACAGCUGUCAGAGAAGGUUCCUGGUAUGCAGUGAUUGAUCCACAUUCAAGACGAGGUGAUGGCAGAUGUGUAGCUGACGGUAAGAGUGUAGUGGUUUACCAUCGUAACUUGCACUCGCUGAUUGUUCAUUUCCGGAAACUUGCCGCGUCUAUAAAUGCACGUUACCAGGAGUUUGAGGUAACUGGGGUCAACGCGGUUAUGACUGGAGAAAAACGGCCAUUCUGGCAAGUGAUCGAGAACGCUGGUCCAGCAGUAAGUGAGAGUGAAGGUGAGAAGUCGGACGUGAAAGUUGAUGUUGGAUCAGUAGCUUUCGCUGUAAGUGGAAGUGAAGAAGAACACAGAAAAGUGAGACGAGCUGUAGUUACACACAUACUGGCGAAUGAAGAAAAGUAUGUACAGAAUCUCAGACAAGGAUACAGCUCUGUACCAGAGUACAUUGCCAAAUCAAGAAUGAAAUAUGUUGGAACUUGGGCGACAGAGAUGGAAAUACAAGCAGCCAGUGAUUUAAUUGGUGUAGACAUUUUUACAUAUACUCGAGAGAAAUGGCUUAAAUAUAAAUCUUCAAACGUCUCAUCUAAUAGACAGAAUUAUCAAGACAAGGGAAUUUAUUUGAAGCAUGUGAAUAGCUGUCAUUAUGAAGUGGUUGUAUGUGUAAAAACCAACAACAACACAUGUGCUUGCUUUUGUAAAGCAUCUUCUCAAGGUUCAACCUAUAAUAUACAUUUAAAAGCUAGCUCAGACCCUCGUAAGCUUUAUAAGCAGAGACUGCAAUAUAGUCGUGAUCAUGAUUUUAAAGAAAAGAAAAAAAUUGAAACUAAGCAAAGAUAUGAUGAGAAUGAAAGUUAUAAAGAGACAAAAAUUAAAUGCAGUACUACAAAGUACAAGGUAAACAAAUGGCAUCAAGAAGAAAUACGCAAAUACAGCACAGAUAAAUACAGAAUGAAUGAUUUACAUUGUGAGGCUGUAAAACAAUACAGCAUCCAAAAGUACCAUACAGACAAAGCACAUAAAGACACUGUCAAACAGUUGAGUAUUCAAAAGUAUGAUGAAAAUAUAGCACACAGGGAGACUGUUAAAAAGAUGAGUAUUCAAAAAUAUAAUGAAAACACAGAACACAGAGAGUCGGUCAAAAAGAUGAGUAUUCAAAAAUAUAAUGAAGACACAGAACACAGAGAGUCGGUCAAAAAGAUGAGCAUUCAAAAAUAUAAUGAAGACACAGAACACAGAGAGUCGGUCAAGAAGAUGAGCAUUCAAAAAUAUAAUGCAAAUAAAACACACAAAGAGAUGGUUAUAAAUUACAAUGUUCAGAAAUAUAAAACUGACAUUGCUUUUGUCAAUAAUAUAAAAAUGAGAAAUGCUGCAAGACAGUAUGAAUCACAGCUAAAAAUGAAAGAGAUAGACUAUGUAAUUGAACAGUUUAAACAAAAGAUAUCUACAGGUCCUGAAUAUGUUUGUUCAGUAUGUCAUCGUUGCUGCUUUAAAAUGCAGGUAAAAAAGUGCAAUAUAAAUAAAUACCUUCAAAAAUCAAUCCAUGCUGGAUGUAUGGCAGAAAAAUGUAUUACACUAAAAUAUCUGCAUGAGUGUAAUAAAGACUGUAGAGAAAACUGUGUCUAUAAGAACAGUCCUGCUGCAUCUUUAUGGAUUUGUCACACAUGUGAUACAAAAAUCUAUGAAGGUAAAAUGCCAGCUGAAAGUGUAGCAAAUAAUCUAAGUUUGGAUCCUAUUCCCACUGAACUGAGUUCUUUAAACUCUCUUGAGCAACAUCUAAUAGGAAUGAAUAUUCCAUUCAUGAAGAUGCUGGCUUUGCCACGAGGAGGACAGAAUGGAAUUUGUGGCCCUGUCGUGUGCAUUCCAUCUAAUGUUUCAGAAGUAGUGAAUGUUUUACCAAGAUCAGAAAAUGAUUUUAUGAUACCAAUAAAGCUUAAGAGAAAACUGACAUAUAAAGGGCAUUAUGAGUAUAAAUUUGUUAAUAGUGAUAAAAUUAAAACAGCAUUGACAUAUUUAAAGGAGAAUAACAAAUGGUAUACAGAUGUAGAGUUUAACAAGACUUGGAUUAAUCCUCUGGGUAAAACAGAAGAGGAAAUGACUGAUAAAACCGAAAACAAUGAUAUGGAUUUGGACAAUUGUGAGGAUAUGCGUAUUAAUGAAGAGCAAAACAUUGACAAUGAUAAUGAGAUGAGUGAUGAAACACUUCAUGAUCGGCAGCAGCAUGGUUUGUUUAUGGAUUCAUGUUUGCAGCCAGUGGACAUUGCUCAAGAGGUUUUAGAUCAACACUUUGAUGGAAUUAUGUCACUUGCACCAGCAGAAGGAAAUAAUCCAGUGAGAAUGUUAAUGGAUGAAACUAAUGAAGCCAAAUGUUUUCCAGUUCUGUUCCCAAAAGGAAAAGGUACAUUUCAUGAUUCAAGACCUGAGAAAUUAACACUGUCUAGAUAUUUAAACAACAGAAUUUUAAAUGCAGAUGGACGUUUUGCACAAAACCUCGAUUACAUCUUUUAUGGACAAUAUUUGUCUGAGCUCAAUCAAAUUAUGUCUAAUGUAUCGAUUGCUUUGAGGAAAGGCUAUGAUUCAAGCAACAAAAGAAAAAUUACCUCAGAAAUGCUGACAAACAAAGAUUCACUUCAAAUGAUUUUAAAUUAUGAUGAGGGUUACAAGUUUUUAAGGCCAGUGAGAGGCAGUCCUGUUUUUUGGCAAGCUGUUCAGAAGGAUUUGUUUGCAAUGGUAAGGCAACUUGGGAUCCCAACAUGGUUUUGCUCAUUUUCCUCAGCUGAUUUGAGAUGGCCAGAAUUAUUGCAGUGUAUUGUGAAACAAGAGGGUUGUCAAACUCCUAUUGAUGAACUGGAUUGGUCUGACAGAUGUGGGAUGCUGAAACGAAACCCAGUAACUGCUGCCAGAAUGUUUGAUCAUCGAUUCCACUGUUUUCUGAAAGAUGUGAUUAUGUCACCAGCUCAACCCAUUGGAAAAAUAAUAGAUUAUUUCUAUCGAAUUGAAUUUCAACAACGUGGAUCACCUCACACACAUUGUCUGUUUUGGGUUGAGAAUGCACCUCAAGUGGACAGAGAGGACGAUGAUGAAGUUGUAGCGUUUGUUGAUCGUUAUGUCACUUGUGAAAUGCCACCUGAAGAUGAAACAGAAAUGCAUGAAAUUGUGAGCACUGUCCAACAGCACAGCAAAAGACAUGCAAAAACGUGUAGAAAGAAAGGUACUACAUGUAGAUUUAACUUUCCACGUCCACCUAGCAAAAAUACUUUCAUUUCAAGAAACAGACAAACAGAUAAGAAUGAAAAAACAACAGAUGAUGUACAAUGUGAAAGUAAAGACAAAAGAGUAAACUAUUCUAAAGAGAUAUCAAAAGAAUUAGCUGAAUCUAUAAUGAAAAAAGUAAGAGAAUGUUUGCUGAACACUGAUGCUGUCUUUGACUCUGUUGACUCUUUGUUUGCAUCUAUUGGUAUAAAUCAAGAGAUAUUUGAAUGCGCUUAUAACAAAAUGACAAAGAAAACAAAUGUUGUGCUAAAAAGGAAACCAAGUGAUGUGUGGGUAAAUCAGUAUAAUGAAGAUCUUUUGCGAUGCUGGAAUGCAAACAUGGACAUACAGUUUGUUGUUGAUGCUUAUUCUUGCAUAGUGUAUAUAGUUUCAUACAUUUCCAAAGCAGAGAGAGAAAUGGGAUUGCUGCUGGCAAAUGCACAGAAAGAAGCACACAAGGAUGGCAAUAUGGAUGCAAAACAAGCUUUAAGAAAACUUGGAAGUGUUUUCCUCCACAAUAGAGAAGUGUCUGCCCAAGAGAGCGUUUAUCGUUUGACUAAUAUGAGAUUAAAAGAAGGAUCGAGGAAAGUGGUCUUUAUUCCAACUGGUAUAAAUACAGUUAAAAUGACUUUACCUUUAAAUAUCAUAAAUAAAAAGGCUGAAAAGGAAGAAACUGACAAUGAUGAAAUAUGGAUGAAAAGCAUCACAGAUAGAUACAGAGCUCGCCCACAAACUCAAGAAUUUACAGGAAUGUGUUUAGCGUCCUUUGCAUCAGAAUACAGAGUUCUGUCCAAAUCUGAAAAGUCAUGCUCAGACCGAGUAAAACUGGAAAAUGACAUGGGGUUUGUGAGAAAAAGAACUCGUACAGAUUUUGCAGUCGUACGAUAUGCUCGUUUUUCACCAACUAAAAAUCCUGAAAAUUAUUAUCAAAGUAUUUUGGAGUUAUUUUUGCCUCAUUUUUUGCAAAGUCAACUGAAACCACCAAAUUUCACUACAUAUCAGGAAUUUUAUGAGACUGGAUUUGUAGCAUUGUAUAAUGAUGAACUUGAGUCAGUGAAAAUCAUAGUGGACACAAACAGGUCAAAAUUUGAAAAAGAAGCAGACAGUAUACAAAAAGCUCAAGAUGACUUAGAACAACAUGGACCGAUGGAAGACGCUUGGGCCCAAAUCUGUCCAGAAGCAGAACUUGAGCGUUUAGAAUGUCUAGAUACUAGAAAAGAACAACCAAUAGAAACAGAGGAAGGUGAUGAUGUCAUUCCUGAUCUAUUACCAAAUGUUCAUGGUUUCACAUUAGAAAAGAAUCCUUGUGCUAUGACAAAGAAAGAUGCAAUGUGUUUGCUGCGUUCUUUGAAUGAGAAACAGUCACAAAUCUUUUAUAAAGUGCGGCAGUGGUGUCUUGCAAAAGUACAAGGUGAAAACCCAGAUCCAUUUCAUGUGUUCAUAUCUGGGCCUGGAGGAGUUGGAAAGUCAGUGUUGAUUAAAGCUAUGUAUUAUGAAACCUCUCGCAUUCUAUCAAAGUUAUCAGAAAACCCAGAUGAGACACAUGUGCUCUUAACAGCUCCGACCGGUGUCAGUGCCUUUAACAUUAGUGCAAAAACUAUACAUUCAACUUUCUCUAUUGGAACGAAUGCUACAUUGCCAUAUCAGCCACUUGGAGAUGAAAAAAUUAAUUCCUUGAGAGCAAAAUUUGGAAAGCUGCAAAUAUUAAUAAUUGAUGAAAUUUCAAUGGUUGAUCAUAAACUUUUGGCAUAUAUUCAUGGCAGAUUGAGACAAAUCAAACAAACAGGAGAUUAUUCAGCAUUUGGAAAAGUCUCAGUAAUAGCAGUCGGAGAUUUUUAUCAACUUUCUCCUGUCAAAGGAAAACCACUUUAUACUGAACCAGUCAACAGUGUGAAUCUUUGGGAAACUCACUUUAGCUUUGUUGAACUCACAGAGAUCAUGAGGCAGAAGGACAAAGAAUUUGCUGAAUUACUAAGUCGUUUAAGACUACGUAAAAAGGAUGAACCAAUGCGUGAAGAUGACAUUGCUAUGCUUAAAAAAUGUGAAACAGGUGAUGGUGAUGAUAGUACAGAUAUCCACAUUUAUGCAACAAACAGUGAAGUUGAUGUACACAACAUACAUAUGCUGCAUAAAUUAUGCUCAGACACAGUUACUGUAAAAGCACAAGACUUUGACAGAAAUGCUAAAACUGGCCGAAUGGAAGAAAAAGAUGGGCAUCAUUUCAGAGUUCAUAACAGCUGUUUAGAAAAAUCCCUUGAAUUAGCUAUUGAUGCUCGAAUAAUGCUUAUAAAAAAUAUUAAUGUUUCAGAUGGUCUUGUGAAUGGUAUUUUUGGCACAAUUAAAGAAUUUUGUUAUGAUGAUAAUGAAACAUUUCCCUCAAAAAUAUAUAUUGAAUUUGACAAUGAGCAAGUUGGUAAAGAAGCAAGAGCCAAACAUCCGUGUUUAAAACCUGGACUGGAAAAAGCAACACCAAUUGAACCUGAAGAAGAGAAAGUAACCAAUGAUGGUGGUGUCAGAAGGCAGUAUCCUAUCAGAUUAGCUUGGGCUUGCACAGUUCAUAAAGUACAAGGCCUAACAGUGGACAAAGCUGUUGUUUCAAUGAAAAAGAUAUUUGCUGCAGGACAAGCGUAUGUAGCAUUAAGUCGAGUGACCUCUCUUGAUGGACUCAUCAUUGAAGAUUUCAAAGAAAACGUUAUUUUUGCGAAAGAUAACAUUGAGCAAGCACUACAGAAUAUGCCUCCAUUUAUUCUUCCAAAGACAUGGUUGAAACCAAACAAUGUGGAGAAUGAAGUGUGUCUUGAUGGGUACUAUUUCCAUGGAAAAACACGUGGUGCUGCAUAUGACACAA